UGUAGGUCAGACAUGCUGGUGUAUGCGUUCGCUGGAAGAAGCAAAAAAUAUUUUAAAUUUUAAGGAUGUUCAUAAAUUAAAAUGACUGCUAAUGAACAGUGAAAUAUUUUUAGAGUAAAGCAAACCUUUAGUCCAGAAACUGCUGUACGAUUCAGAUAACACCAACUUUACCCAAGUCUGAAAAUAGGAGAGCUCUGGUCAUUUUUAGGUGGCCACAUCUAAAAUAUCCAGGCAUAUCUUGAGGAACAGAGUUACCUGAACUGGUAAUGCAUAACAUUGAGAAUAUUUAUUUCUGCAUGGAAUUUUGUUCUUUUGUUGUUAACCAGGUGAACCCCAUUCAGAUGAAUGUGGGGGAUGGAGUGGCAGUAAGCAAAGACCUUAAGAAGGAGCACAGGAUUAUGGUGGGGAAUCUUCCAUCUCAAAAAUUACCGCCAGAUCUCACUGCAGAUCUUCCACUUGACCGGAAGCAAGGCCCCACAGCAGAUCUGAAGAACCUAGUGUCUUUAAAGAGCGGUCACGUAAAAAACUGUCUCGAAGCCCCCGUCACUUUCUCAUAUGAUAGCACAGCCUUGUUAAGCCCUGCUCUGCAGACCACUGCUUUGCAGGAACAGACAAAGGUCUGUAAAAAUGUUGACGGUGAUGAGCUUGUGGCUCCUCUGAACCAGGAUCCUACAGACCCUACCAAAAAAACACAUACGCAGCCUCAGACUGUAAUAAAUCUUCCCCCUGGUGUUCAGUGCUCUUCACAUUUUAAAGCGGGUCAGCCUAUAGCAUUUCUUGUCCCUUCUAACUCUGAGUCUCCUGUGGGAAAAAUCGCUCUUCACAGUUUGGGGCAGGUUGCUGCUGUAAGUGCUGAUAGUCACAUGCAAGGCACAAGUUCCGCUAUGUCUACGCAGCUUCGAGCGUAUUCUUACCACCUCUCCAUAGGCAGAGCCCUGGCACCUGAGGCUGAGCUCCCUACUGCAACACGGAAACCCGCUUGUGGCACUUUGUCCAGCAGGAAGAGCUUCAAAGCCAGGAAAGAGCACACUUUGACCCAAGAAUCUGUGCCGUCACCCGCAGGUCCUUUCCCAUUAAAACAGUCUACACUGGACUCUGUUCCUGUGCUCCCGCUCUCGAUUUCUCCUUCCUCCCACACUUGUUCAACUCAGGCCAGCAUUAAUGCGCCGAGCAGGAUGCUGAACGAAAUGGAGAAAUGUCCCUCAACAAAUGUGCCUCAUAGUGUUGAAAAUGCAUCGCUGACGUAUGCCAGGCUGAAGUCACUGCGUAGCACCGAGGAGCAUCCCACUGUGUGCAUUGGUGAAGCAAGAGACUUGCCCCUUGAUUUGUCUUCAAAGUCAAAGCGACAGAAAACUGAAGCUGAGAAAGCAUUACUAUCAGAUCCUCACCUGGAAUCUGGGCAGAAUGAUACCAUGGCUUCAAAGAAGAUUCAUCAGACGCAGGCUAACAUUGCACCGACUGUUCCUUAUGCAAUCCUUCUAGACACCAUGAGAAAUGGUGCUCCACCAAAGAAUGGUAUUACUUUGUUGAACCACCAGGUCUUGGAACCAUCUACAUCUUAUUCCAAAAUUUCAGUAAAUGGCUCUAUAAACCUUCCCGGGACGUAUGUAGGUGUUGCUAAUCCUGUAUUAGCUUCCACACUUUGCAGCAAAGAUGGAAAAAAUUCAGCAUUUUUAGAAGACCUUCAGAGUUUAGGCAGACCUGAAACUAUAUCAAUCAUAGAUCAAGGGGAUCAACUUGUGUCAAAAGGGAAGAAAGGAUCACCUGUUAAAAGGGAUGCACAGAAAUUUCAUUCUAAGCAUUUAAGUAGUAUACAGAAAAAUGGAGAUGCAGGUCAACCCAAAGAUGUCAUUCCUAGGGUCUAUAAUAGGCAGUCUCACUGUAAAAUCGGUGCCAAAAAAGCCGUUGUUCCACAUUCUCCGAAAGUCAACCAAAUGACUCUUCUCCCUGAUCUGACAGCUUCAGUUCAAAAGAAGGCCACUGAAAGGUCACCACAACCGUGGACAAGCACUAAUACUCAAGACACCGUUCUUCAGAACUCACCCAAGAGGGUGGAGGAAAAGCAAGAAAUCUCAAAGUGGUGUUUUUCUAGUUCUAUGUCUACUGUAAAGCAAGGAAGCCCAAAAAUGUCAGGACCUGCUAGCCAGGCAUGCUGUAAUCCGAUAGCUUUAGAUCCAGAAAGGGUUUCAUCAUUACCUCCUUCACCCCUGGAAAGUCCAACAUGGCAGAAGCGGGAGCCUUCAAAUUCUUCACCUCCAACAAAGAGAGAUGUAAAGUUGAAGAGGAGCUCCCCUAGUGGGACACCAAGUGGUAUAGCCAGGAAUGAUGCAGCACUUGGAGGCAAAGCUGUUGAGGAAUGUGCAAAGCAAGAAGAUAUCACAGAAAAAAGACAUGAACCACAAAAUUCAAGACCUGUCCACAACCAGGUGCCUGGCGGCUGUUGUCAGAACAAGGGCAAGGUUAAAAGAAGAUCAUCGCUAGUCUUUGAGGCAGGGGAUUCAACGAAGGACGAGAGGCCUUUAACAGCAUGUACCUCUCCACGUGUGAAACUUGAUGGUGUUGCGUUUUCCAUACUCACGGGCAAGAGUACAGCUGUCACGCAGCUGGGAGAAGAAACAAAUGGAACAAGUGGUGUGAAAGAAGGCUGUACCACAUCAAGAGCAAUAGUCAACAAGUGCAAGAAGUCUAGGCAGAGUAAGCGUGUUAAAACACUGCAGGAUCCUUUGGGAAUAUCCAUCACAAAACAUCACAAGGAGGUCCCUGUGAUCAAGAACCAACAACAGGCAAAGAAGCUGAAGGUGCGACUUGGACCUGUUGUAGAGCCAAGUCAGCCGGGGGUCAGGGAGCGAAAGAGGCCUCUUGAGGGGAAGGGCAGCGCACCUAUGGAGGAGCUUUCUUACAGCAAAGCAGGUGAUGGGAACAGUUGCCCCGUAACCCCUUUGAAUUUGAGGGGUACGAGCGGAAGACUCAUUGGGUCCGCUGCGGAGGUCUGGUCCUCGGAGGGUGGCGCCGCUAAGCCGAAGAGGGGCAGGAGACGAGCGGAAGAAAUUGAGCGGCGCGAUCAUGGUUCUUCCACAGCCGCCCCUCUCGCCCUGCCCCCGCCGCCCCGGCGGCCAAGAGGCAGGCCGCGCUCGACCCCCCGGCCUAAUGAGGCCCAGCAGACGCCGGUUGCGGCAGGGCGACGCAGCAUGGAACACGCAGGGGUGGAGAAGAAAAGAAAACGCUGCAAGAACAGGAGAUACCAGAAUGGGGAGUACGUUAUGGAGAGGGACGUGAGCAGAGAUGAACCGAACAGAAAAUGCGUGACCACCCGGCGAGCUGCUCGAGAUGAAGCAGUCCAGAAGAUGGGAGGGAUAUACCCACGUCUUCGGACAACGCUGCCAGGUCGGUCUGCCAGUCCCGACAGCUGCUCCAGGGGGGUGCUGCUCACUCAUGCUGGGUCCUCGCGCCACUCGGACCCGAGCACCGCUGCCGAGCUCGCAGACAAACCCUCAGGGAAGAGGAAGUUCAAAAGCAAACACUUAAGCAACGAGGAGGAGGAGGAGAAGCUCAAGAACAAAAGUGGUCCUUUGGGCAAACGUUCCAGCUCCCUCAUCACUGACGUCAACAGCACCCCUCUGAAGAAGCGCUCGUCCCCGGGUUCUGUCAGCAGCCCCAAGGGGCUACCCUCUGCCACCGCCUGCCGGAGAGGCAUCACCAGGAGGAGGGGGGCUGCAGAGUCCGCUCUCAGCAGGCCUGUUCCACCAGAGGUGCGCCGGUUAAUAGUGAAUAAGAAUGCUGGGGAGACCCUCCUUCAGAGAGCCGCCAGAUUGGGCUACCAGGAGGUGGUUCAAUACUGCCUCGAGAGGGACGUGCGGGAGGUGAAUCGCCGAGACAAUGCAGGUUACACGGCCCUCCACGAGGCCAGUGCCCAAGGCUGGGCUGCCAUCGUGAGGUUGCUCCUGGAUCACGGGGCUGACGUCAACUGUAGCGCACAGGAUGGCACACGGCCGAUCCACGAUGCUGUGGCCAACGAUAAUAUGACCGUGGUGUGGAUGCUGCUGAGCCACGGGGCCGAUCCAACGCUGGCCACCUACUCCGGACAGAACGCGCUUAAACUGGCCCAGAGCAGCGGCAUGAAGACCUUCCUCAUGGAAUACUGUGCAGAUCUGGACGGACGCCCUUGUGAAGAUCCCAACCUGCAGUGGGAUUUCUAUAGUAGUAUGGUACUUGAGACGGAAGAGAAGGAGUGCUGGGACUUUCUGCUUUCUCUGCCGGAGGUGAGCGAACCGGACGGCGACGCUGCGCUGGAGGAGGAGGAGACGGAUGCGGAGGACGGCUUCUCGUUUGAAUUCUCCGAGGAGCCCCACUUACCCUGCUACCACGUCCAAGUGUCCCUUUCCCAGGGCUACUGUAAUUGGUUCCUCCUGUCGGACGUCCUAAGGAGGCUGAAGACGUCGGCGCGUAUAUUCCAGGCCCGGUACCCGCACUUCGAGGUGGUGGGCAUGCCGCGCGUCGGGCUCCGCCAGCAGGUGUCCCUCAGCCAGAUCGCGCCCAUGCCGGAGGAGCUCCUGCGGGAGGGCGACGGCGACAGCGACAGCCCGGUGCAGCUUGUGCGCUGCGUCCCGGACCUGCAGAGGCUGCUGGGCUCCUCGGUGCACUGUCUCGAGAGGGAGCAGCUGUCGGUCGAUCCCUGCAGCCGGUAGCCUCCCUGACAUAUAGCUCACAGCACCUCCUGUCCCCCGCAGACACCAUCCCUCCAGGACUUGAUCAAAUGAGAAUGAGCAUCCUCAUCAACAUGGUUGGGCUUCAUAGCAUGGUGAAUGAUUCACCGUAACCAGAACCAGCAAUUUGUAUUCGUUAUUGCCACGGGAAGGGCGGUUUUGGAUGCCCUGUUGUUGUGGUUAAGGGGUGACCCUUGACAACCACGUACACAAAACUGGACACUAAUGAGUGGGAAUAAACAGUGUUUUUGAAGGCGUAACUUGCACGAACAGGGCAGUGUGACCAUCCCGAAGGGACGAUUCACAGCAGCAGCCCUCCGCUCGAAGGCCCACGUAGACACUAUGGGUGAGGGAAGUCAGAACUCAGCUAUCAGGUUUCACGCGAUCUCUUUCGCUCUGUAUUUUUCAACCAUUUCAAUGCCUGGUAAAUGUUUUAAGCCUUUUUUAUAUGCACAUAAGAAUCUAUUUAUUCAGGUCUACCUAACUGAACUUUUUUGCAUUAAGGUGAAGGGUGAGCUUUUGUUUUCUCGGUGUUUUGUUUCAAGAGAUGUUUUUAAAUGGUCUGAGAAACGUUUUUGCGUCAAUGAACUCUGCUGUACAGUUGGGAGAUCGUACGCUUAGGGGGAAAGCUCCGAUUCGACUGCUUUCGGUGCUUUCGCUGAGAUGCUGCGGACUCCUCAUCCACCACAGACCCAGUACUUCUGGUUCCACGCAGAGACCUGUCACAUGUCUGUCUGUCCGUCUGUCCGUCCGUCUGUCUGCGUGUCAGUGUCUGUGAUUUUCUGUUAAGAACUUCUUAACUCUUCCAUUCCAAUAGCACUCAGUAUUGCUUCUCUUUUCAAAGCUGGAUUCCUAAAAAAAAAAAAAAAAAAAAACCCUUAAAUUCGCCCGUAACCCCUGCAGCGUGCCAUUACUGACCGAUUCAAUCUGAAGUUGAAAACCUGAUUUUUCUUUUUCUUUUUCAGCAACCAUCCUGUUUCAUUUCACGUCUCCCAGUCAAGCUGUCCACCUUUAAACAAAGUCAAGACUGUCAAUUAAGUUCAGCUUUUUCGCGUGACGGUGCAUUCUCAAACCGUCUGCACGUCCGUUCUGCGUCUCCUAAUGUCGGCUUCCUACCUUACAUACGUGGUUGGUUGACCCUCGCAUUCUGCCCUCUUAUAGCUGAUUUUGUGAAAGGACAGCGUUUGUCUGGAUUCCUGCAAAGCUGCAGACUGUCUCUCGGAUGCAUACUGCAUCGACGCCAUAGGUGCAACGUGCAGAUGCUCCAGGACACCCACAGGGAGGCCGAGUCACAAUCUUUGGUUGAAACCCUCUCUUAAUAGUGUAAUUGGUCUUUAGUAUUAUGUGAUUUAUUUAUAGUGUUUUAUUUGUGCU